CCCCGAGGGCCGCAAGAGUGCGCGAGGCCUUAGGCCGGGACUUGUUGUCAGGCCCAGGCCACUUCCGAGGCGACCGCGGGGUGUCGCCGCCACCACAAGAGGACGACGUCGACGCGGAGGAGCAGGCGGCGGAGGCGUGUUGUUGUCUCGCCCACUCCCCUCCCCUGAACUCGCUCCUAACGUCAGGGCGCGAUGGAGUGAAGCGGCGACGAAGGUGGUACUUCCGCGUUGCGCUCCCGGAGCCGAGAGCGCGGCGGAGGCCGCUCCCCCACCCCCGGGGGCACUUGGAGGACUCCGGACUCCCCCGCGGGCCAGCGCCCGGCGCAUUUGGUGUUUUUGCUGCCGAGGAUAGGACGACGAAAGCGAUCGAGAAGCUCUACCCUUCGGAUUCCUGCUUUCCUCAGGCCCGGAGGCCGCUGCAUACCCCACUGUGACCUGGAACCUAGGGACCCGAGUCCCGACCCGGAUUAUCGUGGCGCGUCUCCCUGCUGGCCCUGGUGCUCAGUGUCCCUCCGCCGCCGUUCCCGUUUCCGGAGGGGGCGAUGGCCAAGAUCUGACCCGGGAGGAGGCCGCACCCGCGCCGCGCUCUGCGGCGGGCUCUAGGCGAUGCCGAGCAGCUCGGACACGGCGCUGGGGGGAGGCGGGGGCCUGAGCUGGGCGGAGAAGAAGUUGGAGGAACGCCGCAAGCGGAGGAGAUUCCUGUCCCCUCAGCAGCCGCCGCUGCUGUUGCCGCUCCUGCAGCCGCAGCUCCUGCAACCGCCGCCGCCCCCGCCGCCUCUGCUCUUCCUGGCUGCCCCCGGCACGGCCGCCGCCGCAGCCGCCGCCGCCGCGGCCUCCUCCUCUUGCUUCAGCCCGGGCCCCCCUCUGGAGGUCAAGCGGCUGGCGAGAGGCAAGAGGCGCGCAGGAGGGCGGCAGAAGCGGCGCCGCGGGCCCCGCGCCGGGCAGGAGGCGGAGAAGCGUCGGGUCUUCUCGCUGCCCCAGCCGCAGCAGGACGGCGGUGGCGGUGCUAGUAGCGGCGGGGGUGUGACCCCGCUGGUGGAAUAUGAGGAUGUGAGCUCCCAGUCCGAGCAGGGGCUGCUGCUGGGGGGGGCCAGCGCGGCAACGGCGGCGACGGCUGCCGGGGGAACGGGGGGCAGCGGCGGGAGUCCGGCCUCCUCCUCCGGCACCCAGCGGCGCGGGGAGGGGUCGGAGCGCAGGCCCCGCCGGGAACGCCGCAGCAGUAGCGGCCGCAGCAAGGAGCGCCAUCGCGAGCACCGACGACGAGAUGGGCAGCGCGGCGGCAGCGAGGCCUCCAAGUCCCGCAGCCGCCACAGCCACAGUGGCGAGGAGCGUGUCGAGGCCGCCAAGAGCGGCAGCAGCAGCAGCAGUGGUGGCCGCCGGAAAAGCGCCUCGGCCACGUCCAGCAGCAGCAGUAGCCGCAAGGACCGAGACUUGAAGGCCCACCGGAGCCGGACUAAGUCGUCCAAGGAGCCGCCUUCGGCCUACAAGGAGCCGCCCAAGGCUUACCGGGAGGACAAGACCGAACCCAAGGCCUACAGGCGGCGGCAGCGGUCCCUGAGCCCGCUGGGCGGCCGGGACGACAGCCCGGUGUCCCACAGGGCCUCGCAGAGCAUGAGGAGCCGCAAGUCCCCCAGCCCGGCAGGAGGUGGCAGCAGCCCCUAUUCUCGGCGGCUGCCGCGCUCCCCGAGCCCCUACAGCCGCCGCCGUUCCCCCAGCUACAGCCGCCACAGCUCCUACGAGCGGGGUGGCGACGUGUCCCCCAGUCCGUACAGCAGUAGCAGCUGGCGCCGCUCCCGCAGCCCCUACAGCCCAGUGCUCAGACGAUCUGCUAAAUCCCGAAGCAGAAGUCCAUAUUCAUCUAGGCAUUCAAGAUCUCGUAGCAGGCACAGAUUGUCUAGAUCCAGAAGUCGUCAUUCUAGCAUUUCUCCCAGCACACUAACUCUGAAGAGUAGCCUGGCAGCUGAAUUGAACAAGAAUAAAAAAGCACGAGCUGCAGAGGCAGCAAGAGCUGCAGAGGCAGCUAAGGCUGCUGAGGCAGCUAAGGCUGCUGAAGCAGCUGCCAAAGCUGCAAAAGCCUCAAACACUUCUACACCUACCAAGGGGAACACAGAAACUGGUGCCAGUGUAUCACAGACAAACCAUGUGAAGGAUGUGAAGAAACUUAAAACUGAGCAUGCACCUUCUCCCUCAAGUGGUGGAACUUUAAAAAAUGAUAAGGCAAAAACAAAGCCACCUCUUCAGGUAACAAAGGUAGACAAUAACUUGAUUGUAGAUAAAGCCACCAAGAAAACAGUUGUAGUUGGGAAGGAGAGUAAAUCUGCUGCUACAAAGGAGGAACCAGUAUCUCUUAAAGAGAAAACCAAACCACUUACGCCAAGCAUAGGAGCUAAAGAGAAGGAGCAACAUGUGUCUUUAGUGACUUCUACAUUACCACCAUUACCUUUGCCUCCUAUGCUGCCUGAAGAUAAAGAUGCUGAUAGCUUAAGAGGAAAUAUUUCAGUAAAAGCUGUUAAAAAAGAAGUAGAGAAGAAACUCCGAUGUCUACUUGCUGAUUUACCACUGCCCCCUGAGCUACCCGGAGGAGAUGAUCUUUCAAAGAGUCCAGAGGAAAAGAAAACAGCAACACAGUUACAUAGUAAAAGAAGACCUAAAAUAUGUGGGCCUCGCUAUGGAGAAAUCAAAGAAAAAGAUAUUGACUGGGGAAAACGCUGUGUGGAUAAAUUUGAUAUCAUCGGAAUUAUUGGAGAAGGUACUUAUGGACAAGUUUACAAAGCCAGGGAUAAAGACACUGGAGAAAUGGUAGCCUUAAAAAAAGUGCGUUUGGAUAAUGAAAAAGAAGGCUUUCCAAUUACAGCCAUUCGAGAAAUUAAAAUUCUCCGGCAGCUUACACACCAGAGUAUUAUCAAUAUGAAGGAAAUAGUGACUGAUAAAGAAGAUGCUUUGGAUUUUAAGAAGGACAAAG